UCGUACUGUAAGUAAAUAAUGCAGGGAACAAACUUCCGGUUUGAACCGGAAGCAGCCAGGAAAGGAUGCACGGAGGGAUCUGCAGGCUGAUGGGUGCCCGGUUGCUUUUUUUUUGUUUUGCCCUAUUAAUCCCUGGUUUCAGCACCUCCCAGUAAGAAACACAGCUGUUAUACAGCAGACUCGAUCCAUUUUUCCUCUUUAAGAAUUCUAAAAGAUGGAGGAGAUUACUUUGAUGAAAUUCUGUACCCAGAACGAAGAUGACAUGAAAAACGAAAUGCUAGCUCUCGAGGAUUCUGCUUCAGAAGAGCUACCUCAAAAAAGACCAAAAGGAAGACCAAAAGGAAGAAAAAAUAGAGGUUCCCACAGAAAGGUAUCCAUAAAGUUUGAAGAUGUGGCAGUUUAUUUCAGUGAGGAUGAGUGGAAUUACUUGGAAGAUGGACAAAAGAACCUUUACAAAAAUGUAAUGAUGGAAAAUUAUUAUGCGGUCAGCUCAGUUGGUUGUGCAAAUAAAAAGCCAAAUAUUAUUGUUAACAUUGAGCAAGGAGAGAAAACCUAUUUAGGCUAUACACCUCCUGACAGAACAAAGUAUGUUUCCAUGCUGCGCAAUGCUAGAAGAGAUCAUCCUUUAGAAAUCCAGUCCUCAAGCCAGGGUUUGGAAAAUAUGAAAAUGCACAAAUAUUUCCCAAAAGAAGAACAAUACAACAGAAGGGAGAAAAGGGUAAAUGUUCUGAAAAAGUUACCUCAGGAAUGUGAACCUUCUCACCCUCCUCAAGUGACAGAAACCAAAUCAAAACAACACAAAAGUACUGUGGAACAAUUGAAUAGUGACAGGAAAGAGUUGAAUACAAUAAAUCCACAAAACAACAAAAAUACUCAAGACAAUGAAGACAAUUGUUUUUUCAAAGAGGAUGAUGAUGAUGAGAAGGAGGAAAAUAACGAUGAUGACGACGAUGAUGAUGAUGAUGAAGAUUAUGUGAUUAACACAAGUGCCAAAAGAAAAAGGCAUUAUAUAUGUAAUCAGUGUGGGAAAAGCUUUGGUCGCAGCUCAGUCCUUCGGAGACAUCAAAAAACUCACUCUGGUGUAAAACCAUACCUCUGCUCGGAAUGUGGAAGAAACUUUAUUCAAAAAUCCCAGCUCAUUGAACACCAACGAACUCAUACAGGAGAAAAACCAUAUGCAUGUUCUGAAUGUGACAGAACAUUUAGCCUCAGUUCACAUCUUGUCCAACACAGAAGAAUUCACACAGGAGAAAGGCCUUACAUUUGCUCAGAAUGUGGAAAAAGUUUUAUUCGGGGUUCGGAUCUUGUCCAGCACCGGAGGACUCACACAGGCGAAAGGCUGUUUGCUUGUACAGAAUGUGAAAAAAGGUUUACCUGUAAAUCAGCCCUGCGCCAGCACCGCAGAAUUCACUCUGGGGAGAGGCCAUAUUGCUGUGAUAAAUGUGAGAAAACCUUUAAUCACAGCUCCCACUUAGUAAGACAUAUACGGACUCACACUGGAGAGAAGCCUUACAAAUGCACGGAAUGUGGGAAAACUUUCACUGACAGUUCACAUCUGGUUAAUCACCAGAGAACACAUACUGGUGAGAAACCUUAUGUUUGCAAUGAAUGCGGAAAAAGCUUUACUUACAACGCAGGUCUUAUACUACAUAGAAGAACCCAUACAGGAGAGAGACCAUAUAUCUGUAACAACUGUGGGAAAAGCUUUAAGGGGAGCACACACCUUUUAAGGCAUAUGAGAAUUCACACAGGAGAAAGGCCAUACACAUGUUCUGAGUGUGGGAAAGCAUACACUGACAGUUCUCAUUUGGUCAGUCAUAAGAGAAAACACACAGGAGAAAAACCUUACCCCUGUUCCAAAUGUGGAAAGUGUUUUGCCAUGAAAGCACACCUUAUACAACACCAAAUUACUCACACGGGAAAGAAACCCUAUGAAUGUACUGAGUGUGGAAAAAACUUUACUCGGAAACCAGAUUAUACAGUGCAUCAAAGAACACACACUGGAGAGAGACCAUAUUCAUGUACUGUUUGUGGGAAAAGGUUUACGCAAAGCUCCAGCUUAGCUCGGCAUCUUCGAGUUCACUCAGAAGUAAAACCUUUCAUGUGCACUGACUGUGGCAAAAGCUUCAGCCAGAAUUCUCAUCUUGUUACACAUCAGAGAAUUCACACAGGUGAAAGGCCCUAUAGUUGCAAUGAAUGCGGAAAAUCCUUUAGCGGAAGCUCAAAUUUGGUGAAGCACAAAAAGGUUCAUGCUGGAGACAAAUCUUGGCACUGCCCAGGGUGUGGAAAAAGCUUUACUUGUAGCUCACAACUUCGUACACAUCUUCGGGUGCACACAAAUGAAAAACCAUAUGCAUGUGAAAUAUGUGGAAAAUGUUUCAGCAGUAGUUCUAAUUUAGUAACUCAUCAGAGAGUUCAUACUGGAGAGAGACCUUAUAGUUGCACAGAAUGUGGAAAGAGAUUUACUCAGAGCUCAAGCCUUGUCGUGCACUGGAGAGUCCAUACUGUAGAGAAGCUGUUUACAUGUUCAGACUGUGGAAAAAGCUUUAGUCAUAACUCUCUUCUCAUCAAACACCAGAAAACUCACACUGAAGAGAGACCUUUCGUUUGCAUGGAGUGUGGGAAGGGUUUUACUGGCAGCUCAGCUCUUGUUAGACACCAGAGAGUCCAUACAGAGGAGAGGCCUUAUACAUGCAGUGAAUGUGGUAAGAGAUUUAAGGACAAGUCAAGUCUUGUAAGACAUAGUAGAGUGCAUAGUGAAGACAAGUCUUUCACAUGUGCUAUCUGUGGGGAAACUUUCAAUGAUGGCUCUAAUCUUUUAGAACAUCUAAGGACCCAUACAGAUGAUGAGACUGUAACAAAUUAAUGCUUUGAUUUGGGCAUUUCUCCUAAUCCCUUUUAUUCAGUUAUUAAAAACACAAGAACAUAAUUGCACAGUCGACCGUUUUUUUGAUAUGUGGACACAAUUGCACAGUAAAUUAAAAAGCAAAGUAGAAUUGAAAGACAAAUAUCCUCUCUAAAUCCCCCUUUUGUCUACUUGGUUUUAAUGAACUUGGAAAUAUAAAUCAAUCUCUCCUUUUUUCCA